CGCUCUCCCACCGCCCAGCACACAUAUAUAGCCCUCUUCUUCGUCCACCUUCACAUCGAACAGAGAGACCGCUGGAGUGCACCGCCAUGGCCCGGUACUCAUUCCCAUACGCUCUGCCGCACAUCGAGCCCUCGCCCAGACGUGUGCGCGUCCUCUUCGGUGGCGAGUACAUCGUCGACACCACAGAUGCUCUCCUCGUCUGGUUAAAGCCGAACUACCCGUUCUACUUCUUCAAGACGAAGGACAUCCCGCAGAAGUACCUCGUCGACGCCUUCCAGUCUCAGAAGCACCACCUCUACGACAUCGUCGUCGGGAACCGCCGCGCAGAGGCCGCAGCGACGCUCUACCACGACGACGAGCUUGACGGGCUCAUCCAGAUCGAGUUCAGCGUCAUGGACGCCUGGUUCGAGGAGGACGAGCAGAUCUACGUGCACCCCAAGGAUCCGUACAAGCGCGUCGACGUCCUGCAGUCAUCGCGGCACGUCCGCAUCGAAAUCAACGGCGUCGAGGUGGCCAACACAACACGCCCCCGCCUGCUCUUCGAGACGAGCCUGCCUACGCGGUACUAUAUCCCGAAGCCGGAUUGCAAGCUCGAUCUCCUCGUGCCCUCCGAACUAACCACGCAGUGCCCAUACAAGGGGACUGCGAACUACUAUAACGUGCAAUUGCCUUCUGGGGAGCUGGUGCAAGAUGUCGUCUGGUGGUACCGGAGUCCGCAACCCGAGUGCGGCGAGAUCAAGGGCUGCGCGGCGUUUUACGAUGAGAAGGUCGACGUGUACGUCGAUGGCGUCCUCCAGGAACGUCCGGAGAGUCCCUGGGCUGCUAGCAGACGCGCUAGUCAUGUCUGA